AUACAGUCACCUAGCACAUAAUACUGGAAGUCUCAUGAGUACUGUAGAAGACUGAAAUAGGCACCAGGAUUCCGAACCCCAUACCGGAUCCUUGCACCCUUGGUUCCAGUCUUGGCUCUUUCUCUUGUUUUCUUCUUGAAUUUCCCUUUCUCUUUUCUCCUCUUUUCUGAUUUCCCCCCUUCGAUAUCUCUUCAUAUCAAUCAUACUAUCACCAUCAUCAAACCACUUGAUACUACUACCGGGUCAAUGAAUGGUGGUUAAUAGCCCUACCGUCUUAUUGCAUCUUGCUCUUACCUAGAUCAAUCCACUUCAUCCACUCCAAUCCACCAAAGCCCAGACCACCCACGAUCGAUCUGCCACGAACCACGAACCACCCACAACACAACACAACCAACCGAAUACCCCAAAAAACCAAAUAUACCAAACCAAUACAUCACUCAAUAAACAAACCGAAAGAAAUAAAGAAAGAAGCAAAAUGUCAAACCCGAUUCUCCCCCUCAUCAUCCUCCUCGUCGUCGUCGCCAUCUUCGCCGUCAUAGGCUACAUCGCGUGGUCCACCGCCACAGAAAUCACCCGCAACACGCGCUCCCGCAUGGAGAAGAAGAACGUCAUGUUUUCCCGGGAUGGAAUGAAAGUGGGUGUGAAGGAGAUUCAGGAUGAGGAGUUAAAGGAUCGGAGUCAGAGUGUCCUCGUCAACAUGUGGAAUCAUACUUCUUUCCCGGCGUAUAAGAGUAAGAUUUGGGAUAUGUCGGGUCCGGCGGCUGGGUGGUCUUCGUUCGCUUCUUCGUCUUCGUCGGGGGCGAAGAAGGGUGAGGGGGAGAAGAGGAAGUAUGUUCAUUUUCCCACACCCUUCUUAUUUCCCCUCUUUGGAGGGGCUUGAUUGCACGUUGUGCUGAUGUUGAUUGCAGGGCUAAAUAAGGUGGAUUUGAGUGUGGUGUGGUUUGCUGGCAAGCGAUGCUUCCGUCUAUGUCUUUCUGUUGUGGACCCCGAGACAGGUAUCUAUCUACCUAGUCUUACAUGAGAUGCGCUGUGAAUGUCCCUUAUGCUCUAUGUUCUAUAUGUUACCCUAUCUAUCAGCCAAGUCUAUCGAGCGUCUUGUUGAUCGUUGUA